AUGGAGCCCACACCCGACGAAAUGAGCCUGAUGGACAUCAACAAGAUGUUCUCCCUGCUGCAGCCCAGGGAUGACGAGGAGGACAGCGGGGAGAGCGAGGAGCUGAGCCGGGCGGUGUGCCAGGACGACCACGAGGCGCUGGCCAGGCUCCUGUCGCAGGACAGGUACAGGAGGCUGAUCGACCGCCGGAGCGGCUGGGGCGUGCCCAGCACCCCUCUGCGCCUGGCGGCCGCCCGGGGCUGCGUGCGGAGCCUGCGGCUGCUGCUGGCGCACGGCGCGCUCGUGGACAGCCUGGACGUGAAGGCGCAGACCCCGCUCUUCGUGGCGGUCAGCAACGGGCACGGCGAGUGCGUGCGGCUGCUGCUGGAGGCCGGCGCCAGCCCCGCGGGCAGCGCCUACAACAACUGCUCGCCGCUGCUGCUGGCCGCCAGGGACGGCCGGGCGGCCAUCGUGCGGCUGCUGCUGGAGCACGGCGCCGAGCCCAACGUGCGGGCCCGCCUGCCCGAGUGGGCGGCCAACGCGGCGGCCUGCUCAGGCCCGCUGUACCUGGCGGCCGCCUACGGGCACCUGGAGUGCUUCCGCCUGCUGCUGCUGCACGGCGCCGACCCCGACUACAACUGCACCGAGCAGGCCGUGCUGGCGCAGAUCCGCGAGCCCAAGACGCUGCUGGAGACGUGCCUGAGGCACGGCUGCCGCGGCGACUUCAUCCGCCUGCUCAUCGACUUCGGGGCCAACGUGUACCUGCCCGGCGUGCCCGCCGACGGGCCGGCCCCGCGCAGCGAGGGGCUGGAGCUGCUGCUGCACGCCAGAGCUCAUCCCAAAUCCCUGCUGUCCCAAUCCCGGCUGGCCAUGAGGCGUCUCCUGAAGCAGCCCGGCUGCUCGGCCACCCUCGGAGAGCUGGAGAUCCCCACAGCCCUGGCCAAAUACCUGCAGCACCAGCCGUGAUCCCAGCCUGCCCAGGGACACCCACUCUGAGCACCCCAGUUAAAACCUGCUCCACCCUGGCAGUGAAUCCCUGACAUCUGUGGAACGCCCAGGAAUUUGUGAUCUCAGGUUCAUUUUUGCUGCCAGGUGUCUCCAGAAAGCCGUGCCCAUGUGGAGAGAUGGGAAGGGAAGGGGGAGAGAGAACAGGAGGUCUCAGCUCCUGGUUUGCAGCAAAGCGAGGAUAGAGCGGGAUCUGGUUCCCCUGGGUUUGCCUCAGACCAUCUGUACUGAGGGAUUUUACACCUUGAGCUGAGUUUAGUUGGAGAAGGGGCUGGGAAAGAGUGUGGAGAAAUUCUUGGCUGUGAGGAUGGGAAUUGUUCCCUGGGAGGGUGGGCAGGCCCUGGCACAGGGUGCCCAGAGCAGCUGGGGCUGCCCCUGGAUCCCUGGCAGUGCCCAAGGCCAGGCUGGACACUGGGGCUGGGAGCAGCCUGGGACAGUGGAAGAUGUCCCUGCCAUGGCAGGGGUGGCACUGGAUGGGCUUUGAGGUCUCUCCUGAUUCCAGGAUUCCCAGAGAAGUUCCCAAGUGACUCCUUCACUUGGGAGGGGCAGGACUGGGGCUGGCCCUGGCUGUGUGUGCCCGCCCCACUGGGGGCAGAGCCCCAGCAUCCCCACUGCUCUCCCUGCCCCAGCUCUGACCCUAAACAUCAUCUUCUCACCCCAAAAGUGCUUCCUUCUGGGAAGGCUGAGGGUCUCCCGUGGUUGGGCAGGGCUGGGGUUUGGAUUAAACUGUUCUGUUCUUGGUAUGAA